GGGUUUCAGCCAUUUUUGCCUCAAAGGCGUUUUCAGGUGCCUUGAGCCGGAGGCUGGAGCAUUGGAGCAUCUUUAGACAUCUGGCGAGAAGAAAUCAGGUAGCUGCGCUUGUGUUAAGGAAGACAAGGGGAACUCGAGGGGGUUUUGUUUAUCCGGGAGACUGGAAGUGAUGCAUUUCAAUUAGUGUCUGAUAUGAGGGGGAGAGGAGCUUUAAGAAGACAAGCAUUCUGAUUAAAAUUCAGCCUAACAGAGGACAGAUGAGAGUGGCUGCCACUAUGAUAACUACCUUGCUUUGCAACAUGAUAUUUCUGCUGGCAUUUGGAUUGGCUUCAGCUUUUAGCCACAGCCCGAGGACACCUGACAGGGUUACUGAAGCAGAUAUUCAGAGGCUCCUCCAUGGGGUUAUGGAGCAAUUGGGCAUUGCCAGACCCCGGGUAGAAUAUCCAGCACAUCAGGCUACGAAUCUUGUUGGUCCACAGAGCAUUGAAGGUGGUGCACAUGAGGGUCUCCAGCACUUGGGUCCUUAUGGCAAUAUCCCAAACAUCGUGGCUGAGCUGACAGGAGAUAACGUACCAAAGGAUUUCAGUGAAGAUCAAGGAUAUCCUGACCCUCCAAAUCCCUGCCCUAUUGGAAAAACAGUUGAUGAUGGGUGUCUAGAAAACACCCCAGACACAGCAGAGUUCAGCAGGGAAUACCAACUGCACCAACACCUUUUUGAUCCAGAGCAUGACUAUCCCAACAGGGGCAAGUGGAGCAAGAGUUUACUCUUUGAGAAAAUCAAUGGUGGUCCAAAAAGAAGAAAGAGGAGUGUGAACCCGUAUCUGCAAGGACAGCGACUGGAUAAUGUUGUAGCAAAGAAGUCUGUUCCACAAUUUUCAGAUGAAGACAAAGGUCCUAAAUAAGUACAAUAAAAAUGAAAGAUAAAAACUCAUGCCAUCCUCUUCGAGACCAUGAUAUUGCUUAUAUAUAAUCAUCUAUUAAAAUCCUUGUGAAUGGCAGCAUGCUUGUUAUUUAUAUAAUUGUAGAUGAAAACCAGCUGUAUUUAUAACAGCAUGUUCUCCUAGAUGAUAAAAGUAUGGUUCUGCUUUUUGUUAAGUUAUGGUAAAAGGACAUUUCUGUUGUUUUCAUUUUAGUCAUGGAGCAAACUUUAAAAAUGUUAGUCAUUUUGAUAGCUAAUGUGAGGUAAAUGAUCUUAAUGAGAAGCUUGUAAAUAGGAAGAUGAAAAAAAAAUGCCAAGUCUGACUCCAACAUUUAAUCUUAAAUGUUACUAUGUUUGACACAUGAAAAUUACAGUUUUAUGUUUUGUUCGCAAAUAUUGUUACUUAGCAAAGACAAAGUAUUUAUUUUACACAGAGAAUUUUGGCUUUUGGUCCAUUUUAAUAAACAUUUAAGCAAUCUACAAGAUUUGCAAAGUGACAUUUUCCAAAAUAUUUCAGAGGCUCAUUUGUCUCUGUUAUUGCUGUGCAAAUGUAAAAAUUAAAGAACUGCUUUUUGACUGUAUUCACUGGAAUAUUUUUUCUGUUAGUUUUAAUCAUUCCAUGCCCAGAGCUUUCCUGAACACUUGUGAACAUCUUCCCUUGUCAAUGGAACUGUUAUGUGAAAAUUAAUCAGUCCUGCUGUUCUUUGUCUCAGUAACUGCAGCAUUUGUGCAUUAUAGUGUUGUUAAAUUAAAAGUAAAGAUGGAGACAUUUGUCUGUGUUAAUAAGGUUGUGUCAACAACCUCCAAAUCUAAAUCCAGGAUAUGAAGGUUAUUACAGUUGAUCUUCUGAAAAAAUAUGUUCCUCUAAUAACACUGGUAGCUGUCAUUGCUCUUGAAGUUGUUCUGGGAAGCUUAAAUUGCCUUCUUGCCCCUAGGAUAUCAAAUAACUUUAUAUUCCAGGCUUCUCCCUUUCUUAAAGAUGAGAAUACACCUGAAUAUUUCAAGCCAUGUGAAUGGACCACUGGAAUUAUGGAAAACAGCAUUAGCUUAUAGCUAAUAUUACAAAUCUGUAGGGGAAAAAAAAGUAGUUUCCCAUCCUGUAGAAAGACACAAAAAAAUAAUGAUGGUCUCUUAGAAAAAAAGUAAAAAACAGAUAAGAAAUUAAGGUUCCUAGCUACAUAAAAUUGAAUUUAACAGGAUGGCACAGAUGUGACUGUUAAUGGCAUUUGCUUUUUCAGUCUCACCACUUAGUAAUUUGUAGUAAAUUAUUUAUGUAGAGAACUGGCUCUCUCAUGCCAUUUAUGAGUGGAUUGCAAAAUUCUAAUAUUUUGGAAUGGACUAUCAUGUCCUUCAUCAUAUUUCCCUUUCCAAAAAAAAUCUUGAAGAGAAAACUGAAUAGUAUGUUAUGAAGUGGGAUUUAUACUCACACAUGACACAAAAAUGAGGAAUUUCUAUGAAUCACAGAGUGCCCUUGGCUUCCAGAGGCUGGAACAGGAUGGGAGCAGUCUAGCUGUUCAUGUGACAGAACUUGCAUUCUCUGUGUCUUGAGCUAACUCUUUUUAUCUGCACUCCUGCUUAGUCUUCACACAGGUGUUGACAACUGCAAAGCUACAAAGAUUGCUCUAAAACCGACAAAGAGUCUUUCUAUAUCGUGGCAUAAAUCUGGCAUUAAAACCUGCUGAUGCCCAGUGGCCCAGAGUGUGAGCAAUGGUCAUUCCUCCCAUCUAACCCUGCUGCCAGCCACUGCUCUAGCUACAAGGCUUCCAGGCUGCUGGAGGCUAGACUGCCAUUCCUAAGAGACUGGUGAUUCUUUAGAUCCUUGACUGUUCCACCAAUACUUCUAGAGUACUCUGAGAUACAUUCUGUCCUUAUAGCUCCAGUAAAAUCCAUUUGAAUCACAAAAAUGAAACAACCAUGCUGGCGAUUUAUUUCAUUUUUUAAGCCCUUACUAAGGACAAGUGCUUAGUUAAAGAGGUGUACAGUAAAUAGUGGGCUUGGGAUGGAAAAAGAGACAUUGCUUGCCUAAUAGUAUCAAUAAUCCCACAUGUAAUUUUGUGAAGCUCUCCAGGUCACUCCAGCCUGUGUGGGGAUGUGAAAUCCAGCACUGCAAACUGGCCAGAACAGGGAUACCUGUCAGACUGCAUGUGGCCAGAGAAGCUGCCCUCCUGUGUAUGAUAGAUCUGCACAGUGCAGGCAAAGGAAAAAUAGCACAGUUCAGACCUGCUUUUUUCCUUAAAUGCAAGCAAUUUUUUUUUUUUUUAAAAAUCUUUACACUGCACAAAACAAUGAUGUGUCUUACAGGAACUGUCUGCUGGAACAAGUCAAGUGUGUGGUGGUGAGCAGCUGUCUGCUGAGUUCAUCAGGCAGCUUGAGUGUUUCACCAGGAAGACUCAGCAGUACUAUUGUGAAAUGUUAAUAAAAUAUAGCUAUUGCACCAUGAUAAUGAGAUUCAUUAUUCUAAUUUCUGUUUCAUGGUAGAGCUGUCUUUCAUACUGGGAUUAGCUAGACCGUAUUGAUUAAAAUAAAAAAAAAGUAAAAGCAAAGAAAAAUCCUUGUCCCUCCUACUGUACCAACAACAGUCCAAACAUGUACACAUAGUUUUUUAAACAGAAUAAUCACAGUGCUGGUCUCAAAAUCAAUGAACAAAGGUACCAACUAUCCCUCCUCACUCAGAGUUCACCAAACCAAUAUUUACAAGAAUGUAGAAAUUCAAGAAACUAUAUAGUAGCUGCACAGGCAUAAUUGUCCUUUUACCUUUAUGAUGCAUGUGAAUUAAGGAGCAUGUAUAUCGAUAGUGUUGUUUAGAAUUUCCAUCAAAUUAAAACCUUUUAGAGUAUUUUAAAAUUUGCAAGUGUGUUAAUUAUCUCUAACACAUUAGAGACACAAUGUGCUUGAAGGAAGCUAUACAAAAUAAAGUGUAUUGCCCUGAAA